AUGAUCAAAAUAUUAUUAAUAUUUCUAUCAUUUUCCACAUUUGGUUUUGGUUUUAAGAAUCAUUUAGGAUGGCUAAAUAAUAAAACGCUUGAAUUUGAUGAUUCAUUUUAUACAGAUGAAGAAAUAAUAAAAGCAUAUAGAAGGAUUAUUAAAACAGAUAUUACAAAUCCUGUAAAUUUAAAAAAAUUUUUAAAACCUGGAGAUAUGAUUGAAUUUGAUAAUACUAUAUUAGGUGGUUCUGUACCUUAUAGUCAUUGGGGAAUAUUUCUUGGAAUUAUUGAGAAUAAACAUAUUAUUAUUCAUGUAGCAAGAGAAAGUAAUUACAUUAAAUUUAAUGAUGGUGAUGAAAAAAAGUCAAGAUUUAAUGGAAUGAAAGCAAAAAUAAAUAACUUCCUUGAUCAAGCAAUUAUACCAAAUUCUGUUAAAGCAAUUAGAAGAAACGCAAUCAAAGCUUUAGAUAGAGAUGCUAAAUAUGAUUUAGUUCAAAACAAUUGCGAACAUUUUGCCACAGAACUUCGAUAUGGAAUCAAAGUAAGUAUGCAAGUUGAAAGUAGAUUUAUAUUUUUAAACUCAAUUUCUAUAUUAUUUUGCAUUGGUUUAACUUUAUGGGUAAACAAAAUGAAGUCUGAAAGAAUUUUAAAAGAAAUUCAAAAAGAAGUUAAUAAAAAAUUGUAA